AUGUCAGCUCCUCCCAAGACCAUUCACCUCACAAACGGGAACACUUUUACCUAUAGCUCAAAUGCGGCGACCACAGCGGAGACUAUCCCGCUCAUUGAUGUCUCUCGAAUGUUCAGUGAGAGCAAGACAGAACGUCAGGCUUUGGCCGAGGAGAUUCGGGAAGCCGCCCGCUCCAUUGGAUUUUUCUAUAUGGUGAACCAUGGGAUUGACAUGUCAUUGGCCGAGAGUGUCCUAGAGCAGGCCAAGACGUUCUUCUCCCUGCCACUUGAAGAGAAGAUGAAAGUAUGCACGGAUAUCAUGCCGGAUGAGUUCUGCGGCUACCAUCCCAUGGAGCAUUACAAUAUCAAUGGCUUGAAGCAUAAGGAUUUACAUGAAGCAUACAACUGGAAUUACGAUGCGUCCAAGGACCCAGAGUACCCAGACGGAUCCGUGGUGCCAAUCAAUCUUUGGCCACAAGAUAUGCCACUUUUUGAGGAGAGCCUUUGCGCAUAUCAGACGGCAUUGAUCAGUUUGGCUCGUCGCUUGACUCGCAUGUUCGCCCUUGCAUUGCACAUCGCAGAAGACUCUUUCGACGAAUACGUUCGAGAACCCGAAGCCGGAAUGCGCAUCCUUCAUUAUCCCGAGCAGGAAGCCUCCAGAGACGACCAAAAUGGAAUUGGAGCGCAUACGGACGUCGAGUACUUCACCAUCAUUACUCAGGACAGCGAGGGAUUAGAAGUCUUGGGCAAAUCGGGGCAGUGGAUCAAAGCCCAACCAAUCAAAGGGAGCUUCGUUGUCAACAUUGCAGAUUGUUUCAUGAGACAGACGAACGACUUCUUCGUCAGCACAGUCCACCGUGUGAUCAACAGGAGUGGCAGAGAGCGAUACUCUGUUCCUUUCUUCUGGGGUUUCAACCGAGGUGCUCCAAUUGAGCCGGUCGCAACUUGUAUUGACAGCGACCAUCCUCAGAAAUACCCUUUCAUGACGGCAGGAGAGUACUAUUUAUGGAGGACACGGAGGCAGAAGCAGCUGUGGAGAAAUGGCAAACCAGAAUAA